CUCAAUGUUUGGUGUUUGCGCGUUGUCAGCCCUGUCUGGAGUGUGUGUGUUUUUUCAAGAUGAGCCAACACGCGAGUUCUUUCUCUCCGUGCGGGAAAUUCUUCGCGAAUAUUAGUGAAGAUGGCAAGGUGAAGAUCUGGGACGUGGAGACUAAUGAUGUAAAGCACGAUUACUCCACCAGCAUCGUGCAUAACAGCUCCUGCUCCUGUCUCACGUGGGUUUCCCUCAAGCAUGGACUGGGUAAACAAUCUCGCCGGUCGUCCGCGUCCGGACAGCAUUUCCUGGCUCUGGGCACUUCUGUGGGCAGCGUGCUAAUCUUUAGUCUCAGCUCAGGGAAGGUUGAGCACACUUUGAAGGGCAAUGGUCACAUGGGCGCUGUUCUGGGCAUCGCUAGCGACUCUGCCACUCAUCUCUAUACCUGUGGCGAGGACUGCAAGGUGAUCCUGUGGGAUUUGGAGAAGGGAAGCUCCGUCAAUGAGUUCAGCACGUCAAAUGAUCGCGUUUCCUGCCUCAGCGUCACAACUUCCGGCGAUAUCGUUACGGCAUCGCGCCAAGUAAAGCUCUGGAAAGCCAGCACGCGUCAGUGCAUGCAAACAUUCACCGGGCACACAUCGACAGUGACUCACGUGAAGACUUUCACGACGGGAGAACAGGAAUUCGCCGUGACAGCGUCUAAAGUGGACAGAAUGCUGUCUCUGUGGAGUCUCGAGGGCGGUAAGAGGAAGGAAUCCUGUGCAACUUUCAUCCUGGAUGAUCUCGUGGCCACGCUAGACGUUGAUGCACACGAAGAGGGCGUGAGACUCCUCGCAGCCACGAGAAGUGGCGUUGUGCACUUCUUCGAAGAGACACUGGAGAAGAUUCUCGCCUCGGCGAAGCCUCUGAAAGCGCGCUGGAGAGUGUCAGUGAUCGCGGAUGAUAGGAAGACGGCAGAAUCCCUGCCCGUGGUGGCGGGAAAGUUUGCGGGCAGCGUUAUUUUGGCGUACGGAGGCGCCGGAUGCCUGAGAUUUGAGAGUGUGACGCUGAAGAGAGAGGAACCGCAUGAAAUCCUCAUUAGGGAUGAUCCCAGAAAGGUCAAGAAGGGCAAGGAUGUGGCUGGGAAGCGCGCUGUGGCGGAUCUUGCGAAGGUGGACUACGCUCUGGGCGGAGAAGUGAAGAAGAGCGUGAAGACAGCGGAGAUUCCCAUGGAGAAGAGGCUGGAGAAUUUGGCGCUGUCCAAAGAUCAGCCGGCAGGUCAAAUCACACCGGCAAAGAACAUGCACUACCUCAUCCAGGCGCUACAGAGUCGCGAUCAGGCGGUGCUGCAAGAUGUUCUGCUGACGAAGGACAAGAACAGCGUGAGGAGCACGCUGAAAUAUCUUCCGCCGCAGUUCAUUAGGCCGCUGGUCGAGGAACUGACGGGAUUCAUGCGGAGAAAGAUGAGGAACUGCGAGUGCGCUACGAUUUGGAUGCGAGCGCUGAUUGAGCUGCACGCUGGCCAGAUGAUGGCGAUUGGCGCGGAGGACUUGAGGGAGCAAAUGAGGCCCUUCUUGGGCAUCGUUGAGCAUCGUGUGCACAAUCUGCAGGCGCUGACACGCGCCAGAGGACGCCUGGAUCUCAUCCUGGCGCAGAUUCGCGGGAAUUGCAGUGUGGAUCGCGACGAAAUUGCCAAGAUCAGUCAAAAUCUGAUCGUGCAUCGCGACCAGGCGAGCGACUCAGAGUCGGAGAUUGGCCUGGACGAGCAGAGCGACAACGAGAGUUGGGAGGAUGAGAGCGGCGAGAGUGACGAGAGCGAGGAAGUGGAUGAGAAGAUGGAUGUUUCGGAGUAGGAAACUGAAUAAAAAGUGAUUUUUGUA